AUGCUGCAGGUGGAGGUGCGGCACCUGACGCUGGACAAGACUCGCGGCGAGGCCAAGUUCAAGAGGCUGUCGGAGGAGUUUUCGAAGCUGAGCGCCGAGGCCAAGGAGAGCGAGUACAAGUUCGCGAGCUGCCGCGCAAAGCUACAGCAAAAGGACGUUGAGACCAUUCAAAUGGCAGACCUGCGCGCCCAGCUCGACCGCCUCAAGAAGAACGCAAUCCUCGACGGCCUCGACUUCGCGGAACGCAUCGCGCGCGAGGUGUUCUGCAAGCCGACUUUGGAAGAGGCGUGCGGUGAGGCGGCGCCGAACAUGCCCGUGGCCCCGAAGAUGCCCGCCACCAACGCCAAUGUGCAGAGGGCCCGGGUAUUGCUGGACGUGAUGGUCGGCAUUUUGAAGGGCAUGCGUACGGAGAUCCAGGACCACCUCCGCCGUAUCCGCGAGCUCAACCAGCAGUUGGGCGGAAUGCGCCAGCUCGUGCCGCCCUGGAACUUGGAACUCGCGCAAGACCUCGAGAACUUCUACGACGUGGACGCGCCCAUACACAGGCAGAUCUUCUCCAUGAAGGAUCAGCGCUCCUUCGCUGGGCUCGGCACGGGCGAGGAUGUGCCGAAGUACUUGAGGGCCGAGGGCUUCGUUAAGCACGUAUUCGUGUCUGCCGCCACGUGCCAGGAGUUCAUGUCCAGCUUCUUCCGGCACUUCUUCUCCGUGGAAGAGCGCCCGGUGCGCAAGUCCAUCCUGGACAUGAGCGGGCGAGAGGUGCAGGAUCUCAGCACCGAGGCUUUCCACGAGGAGCUGCACAUAUACCUGAAGCAGCGCUUUGGAGGAGAUGGGCAGGCGGUCACCGAGUUCGCCUACGCAUUCAUCUGCAGCCUAGAGGCCAACCGCGACGACCCCGACUUCGAGCUCUUCGACCUGAUUUUGCGGGGAGCUGUGCAUCCUUCAAUCGUGAAGGACGAGGAGGAGCUCCUUCGCUGGCUGCGAACGCUGCUCGAGGACUGCCAGGAGCGCUACGACCCGUUCAACGCGGCCGCCGAAGGGAGCGCGUCGGGGAAUCGGGAGUUGGUCACCCGACGGACAAUUGCAGCCGUCUUGAAGGCCAUAUUCCCGGACAAGUCGCCGGCCCAAAUGGACGAGCUGCGCCGGGCCACCCACGCCACGGUCGAGCAGCUCGUGGCGGCGGCAAAGGCGGUGGGCCCGGACAGGGUCCACGUGAGUGACUUGUUCGCCCAGACCGCCGACGGGACGCAGAGCGCGCUGAUAGAGGAGAUUCGCCGGCAGCACUACCGCGAGGUGGUCCGUUUCGCCGCCCGCAUGGCGCGCCAGCUCAGCGACAGGGCGCAGCGGAAGGCCGCCCAGGCGGGCGACGACGGGCCCCUGACGGUGGACAGCGACACCCUGCGGAAGGUGCUGCAGGGCCUGGACGCGACCAUCUCCAGGCCGCCAGAGCUGGACGAGGCCGUGAGGCGGGUCUUCCCGCUCGCGGGUCAGGCGGGCGACCAGCCCCAGGAUGAUGGCUCGGCGCCGUCCUGCGCGCCGUGCGCCGCAACACGCUGCUGCGCCCCGCGCGCCUGUGGCUGCGCGGCGCGAGGGCGAGCGACGUCACGAGCCUGCUGCUGGCGCCCCCAGCGCAGCUGGCGGGCGCCGCGCCACGGGAGGGCGCCGCCCAGGGCCCCGCGGAGGCCAUCCCGCGGUGCCAGGCGCUGA